UUCUUCACCCGGCCAUCUGUGCCGGCCACGGCACUUCUCCACUGCCAGACCUCUCUCUCCCACUUAACAACUUCCUUCUUCCAAUUACUUACAUUUUCUAAAUGGCUAUGGAGGUCUCGAACCAGGAACAAAGCUCCCAAGAGAUGGAUUUGGAAGAGAUAACUAGGAAAAUUUCAUUUCUUGACAAAUGGAGGGAAAUCUUUAGCUAUCACGGGUUGGGAAGCAAUAAUCCAGCUCCUCAGAAUCGUGAAGGCAAUUGUAUAUCUGCUGAUGAAAGUGAAGAUGGAACAGGAAUACCUCAGCCCAAAGGACAAAGACAUUUGCCAUCUAGUAGCCUUUGUUCUAUUUCCAACCCCUCUAUCAUCUCUUCAAAAUCAGGCGGCUUUCCUAUCUCCCUAGCAAUGGCCACGAAGCUGCGGGAGAGCCUCUUUGGAAAUACUGUCCAUGUCUUCAGCCAGGAAUGGAAAAAGGCCUGUUUCAGGUUCCAUGAUCCUUUUUCUGACCUGGCUUUCGCUUUGGAAGUGGGAAAGGGAGGUGCCCGAAGUAUCCAGAUGGCUGUACAAGGAUUCAUCAUCAAAUACUUGUUGUUUACAAGGGAGGGAAAAGACUGUAACUUCCACCGUUUAGUUGCGAUAAGCAAGCAAGAGCAGGAGAGGGCCCUCGCUGCCGUGCUCGCUGACAUCCUGUGGGCUGCAGGAGAAGCUCAGAAGGCCACCCUCUGUCUCGUCACUGAGGAGACUUACGUCGCCUCGACUCCUGACCACUCUAGAGACGAUUUCACGGAGCGGCUCCAGCUGUUUGAAUUUUUAAAGAAAGAAGCCACUGAGAAAUUCAUCUAUGAUCAUUUACAAUGUUUCAAAGGGGAAGCAAGCCAUGGCGUCAUCCUGUUUCUUUACAGCCUGAUCUUCUCCAGAACAUUUGAAAGGCUUCAGAAUGACCUAGAUGUCUCCACCGCUCAUCUGUUACAACCAAACGCUGGAGGCUUUCUGUGCAGGCAGGCGGUUGUGAACAUGAUUUUAACUGGAAGAGCAAGUCCAAAUGUCUUUAAUGGCUGUCAAAACGGAAAGUCUCAGGAACUAUUGCACGGAGUCCUGGCCCGCAGUGACAUAGGCUAUUUGCAGUGGAGUAAGGACACCUCCGAGGAUGACAGGCUUUCACAGGUGGGCAGCAGGCUGAAGACUCCCAAAUUACCCAUCUGGCUGUGCAACAUCAGUGGAAAUUACAGUGUCCUUUUUAGCACAAACAGGGAGCUCUUAUCAGACUGGAAAAUGGAGCGUCUCUUUGAUCUGUGCUUUUACAGCGGCCAGCCCUCACAGAAGAAGCCUGCGCAUCUUACAAUAGAUACUCACUCCCAUCACUGGGAAAGGAAUCAACGUGCCGACGAACACAGACCAGGAAGGUGGUUCUCUCCAGUGGAGAUGGUAAUCAGAACCAAGUGGAGAGAGGCCUCCAUCAACUGGAAUGGAACCGUCCCAUUUUUCUAAAGAGAAAGCCAGGAUGUGCAAUGAAGACUGAAGGAUCAGAACUGCUGGAAUGCAAAGCUUACAUUGGGGGAGACCAUGUCACCGCUACACUCGUCAUUCAUGAGCCCCACAGAAAAACCCCAUUAGCCAUUUUUUCUCCUUUUUACUGUUCCUGUUGUUUUUACUUGUCUCUGUUAAGCCCUCUGCAGUUGCUUUCAGUGGAGAAGCAUAGGCCCUUCCAGUAGGGUCUGCAAGGUAUACCCUCUGUACUCAUAUAGACUGGUUCCUUCAUUUUAUCCAAAAGAGAAAAGGAAGUCUCUUUCCUGCAUGUUAUUUCCAAAGUAGUCUUUUCUAGGUGUGAUUCUCCCUGAGGAUUACGGAAGAGGGCAGCUGGCUUUCAUUUGGGGAUGAAGUCAUCGCUAAUGUAUCAUCAGAUUUUUAGUUAUGGCAAGAACUCAAGCCUUCUCAAAGACUUCCUGGUAUGGAGAGCAUUCCUUUCCAAGGUCACAUUUCAUGUGCCCACAUUAGCACGUUCUUGUCAUUAAAAUAGUAAAUGGGCUUCUUCAGGUUUGGGAUGGAAGCGGGGGCUAUUCCUGGUAGGCUGGCAGCUCUAGCAGCUGAAUUGUGGGUUCAAGUAGUCAUAGCAGUGCUAUUAUGUUUGUUUCUUUUCUUUAUAAGCUGGAUAUAAAUACGUAGACAGAUAAACUGAGAAAGGAGUCUGAUUCCUAGAUAAAACUACAUUACAUAUAAAAAUAAAAUUGCUUAUGUCAUUGUUCAAAGGGGAAACAAUUCUUUUUAGAAUGUGAUCUUUCCCUGUCCUGUUGAAUGCCUCCACUUUUGCUGAGCAAAUACACAGAGGAAGACAUAUAGUCUUUCUAAAGAAGCACAUGGGAACCACCUAGACCCUUUUUUCUCCCUGCCCCAUUGGUCUGCCAACACACAUACUUAGAACUUUGUCUUCACAAGCCAAAGUUUAGUUUACAAAGAACAA